AUGUCCUCCGCCGCCGCCGCCGCCGCCGCCUUCUCUGCGAGCGCGUCGCCGCGACGCCUCGCGUCGCGCGCGGCGACCGCGCGCGCGCCGACCGCGCGCCGCGCCCCGCGCGCGACCGUCCGCGCGAGAUCCGACGCGAAAAGAAGAUCCAGAUCCGCCGCGUCGGUCGUCGUCCGCGCCGACGCCGCCGCGGAUGGUCCCAACAAAUCCCCUCUCGUGAAGGUGUGCGGCGUGACGUCCGCGGCCGACGCGACGCACGCCGCGCGCGCGGGCGCGGACUUCGUCGGCAUGAUCCUCUGGCCAAAGUCCAAGCGGUCGAUCUCGCUCGACGUCGCGAAGGAGGUGGCGGCCGCCGCGAGAGCCGACGGCGCCGUUCCCGUCGGCGUCUUCGUCGACGAGACCGCGGCGGAGAUCGUAGCCGCGUGCGAGGCGGCGGGGAUAGAUCACGCGCAGCUGCACGGCGACGGCGCGCGCGCGUCGCUCGUGGACCUCCCGAUGAAGAUCAAGGCGAUCUACGUCGUGAACGCGUCGGCGGACGGCGCAAUCGCGACGCCGAUGCCGGGGGACGAGGCGAAGCUCACGGAUCAACGGAACGAGGCGCUCAAGGGCGAGAAGGGGUGGAGAGCCGCGAUCGACUGGGUGAACGGGCCGCGACGCACGGUCGAUUGGCUGUUGAUCGACGGCGUGAACGCGGGCAGCGGCGAGGCGUUCGAGUGGGGGAAUCUGAAGGUGCCGCGCGGGGUGAGCCGGAAAGGGUGGCUGCUCGCCGGAGGGUUGACUCCGGAGAACGUCGCGGAGGCGGUCGGGUGCGUCGGUCGGUCGAGACUGCUCUUCUCCGCGCGAUCUCCCUCCCUGUUGGAUUUCUUUUCUUUCGCUUUCGCUUCGCGCGCGCGUUGUGAGCCUCACGAUUUGACACGUGGAGACGCGAUCAGCCAAUAA